AUGCCUCCAAUCACCGUCGUCAUCAAAACUAGGCAUGUCUCGACUCUGCAUAUGCACUUGUCAGGAAGAAGGCUGUGGCAAUGCAAAAUGAGGCUCGGCGGGAUACAGCGCCAUACCCCUCACUUUCAGCUAGACUGGCUUCGGGAACCCAGAUACCAGUCGACAAGGAGUCCAAGCCUCGAGGGAAUAAGACCAUGUGGCCGAGUCGUGGUCCAGCAAGGCGACAAAUCUUUCUUCUGGAACGGAACUUGA